GCGCGUGUGUGUGUGCAUGUGUAUGUGUGUGUGUGUGUAAGACAGCGGCUCGCGAUGUCCACGCUCUCCACCGCUGUUCUGGUGAUCCGAUAGUUGUGAAAAGCCACCACUAGUCGCCCCCAGUGCUCUUGCAGUCUCCAAUUUUUCUUUCCCACUGUAGACUUAACGUCACGUCCGCACUUGAACUUGAAUUUUAUCCCAUUGUACGGAGGCAGCCCUCGCCACAGAGCGACAGAGAGCUCCCGGAGAAGCAGGACUCCGCCAUCUUCACAGAGGCAGAAAAAGGAAAAAAAACUUGCAGGUCUUCAUUCAUCUGGAGAGGAGGUGGCAAGUCCAUAUCCCUGUUCUCCAGUCCGCAAAGCCUAAUAGGGGGAUCAAGUGCAAAGAGUUGGAGGGAGUGAGAAGUAACCGGGCAUCGCAUGCGAUAGUGCCCUGGAGAGAAGAACUGUCCGGCGCUUUUGCGCACUCAAGUGUCAACUCGAGGAGAAUUUGGAUUCAUUUCAUCCAAUUUGACAAGUAGUUUUUUCUUUUUUUAAUUAUUAUUUCAACUUAAAAAACAAUUGCCUACGACAAAUCCGUUCCUCGCUGACUUGACGAAGACACAGCCACUUUAGUGUCCAACCUAUCCAAACGCACCGGGUAUCGCAUUUUGAUUUACCUCAAGAGGUCCAAGAGACAGUUACGGUUGUUUCUUCACAACUGUCACUCAAAGGCGUGAAACUUCUAGGAUAUUUUUGCCCUCGGACUGAUCGCACUAUCAUACGACAGAAGCGCAUGUGUGUGUGUCGGUGAGAUACUGAGCGUCUGCGCGUCUCUGGUCAUCUGGAGCUCCGGAGCGCAAAGACACUUUCUCUUUUCUCACAGCCAAGGGACGUCUGUCUACUGUAUAUCUACGGCCCGGAGCUGUGGCAGUUCUUUGGAAGUCCCGGGAAAAGUUAGUUAGAGAGCAGGGAAAAAGCCCACGCCACGGACACGGAGGAAAGAAGAAGCGAGCCGACUAUUCAUUGUGCUGGUCUCCGGGCGAUGCCAGUGUAAAUGCCAGGGCAAUGUCCCGUCGCAAGCAGGGAAACCCUCAGCAUUUGUCGCAAAGAGAAAUUAUAACACCAGAAGCUGAACAUGUGGAUGCCGGACUGGCCGUGGACGAUCUCCACUCUCACCCUCACCCGCUGCUGGAUCCCAGCAUGCCCGGGCCUCUGCCCCCCGGCCUGGGUGACCACGACCUCCUCACCUGCGGCCAGUGCCAACUAACCUUCCCGUUGGGAGACAUCCUGCUCUUCAUCGAGCACAAGAAAAAACAGUGCCAGUCGCUGACGGCCGGACACGGCUGCUACGACAAGAUGGCGGACCGCAACAGCCCCUCGCCGCCCCGCGCCGAGCUAAGGAAAGUGGUGGAACCGGUCGAAAUUGGAAUCCAGGUGACACCAGAGGAAGAGGACGAGAGACUGUUGACGCCCCCAAAAGGAAUUUGCCCUAAGCAAGAAAGUGGUCUGGCAGGAAGAGACGAACCUUCGAGCUACAUAUGCACGACGUGCAAACAACCCUUUUCCAGCGCCUGGUUCCUUCUUCAGCACGUUCAGAACACGCACGGGAUCCGCAUUUAUUUGGAGAGCAACCCGUCCAAUACCUCUCUAACCCCACGGAUCACCAUUCCUCCUCCCAUUGGUGCUGAGUCUAUACCACAGUCCCCGUUAACCAACUUUUUAGGAGACAAUAACCCAUUCCACCUCCUACGGAUGACUGGACCCCUGCUCCGGGAGCCCCCACCAGGCUUCGUGGAAAACCGCCUCCCCAACACGCCUUCCUUCGUCAGCCCCCCUCCCCGCCAUCAUUUAGAUCCCCACCGCCUGGAACGCCUUAGCGCAGAGGAAAUGGGUAUAAUCUCCCAACAUCCCAGUGCCUUUGAGAGAGUGAUGCGCAUGACACCCAUGGCCAUGGAAUCGCAGUCGAUGGAUUUCUCCCGCCGGCUCAGGGAGCUUGCUGGAAACAACAACUCCACUCCACCGCUAUCACCAAGCCGUGCCAACUCUAUGCAUCGCCUCCUCAACCCCAACCCUUUUCAGCCCAGCCCGAAAUCGCCCUUUCUGAGCACCCCUCCGUUGCCCCCCAUGCCCCCGAAUAGCACCACACCUCCACAGACACAGGUCAAGUCGAAGUCCUGUGAGUUCUGUGGCAAGACCUUCAAGUUUCAGAGCAAUCUGGUUGUACAUCGGCGAAGCCACACGGGCGAAAAACCCUACAAGUGCCAAUUGUGUGACCACGCCUGUUCUCAGGCCAGCAAGCUGAAACGCCACAUGAAGACUCACAUGCACAAGUCUGGUUCCAUGACUGGCCGCUCCGACGAUGGUCUGUCCACCACCAGCUCACCUGAGCCAGGCACCAGCGAUGUCACUGGGGAGGGAAUGAAGAACAGAGAUGGAGACUUUAGAGGUGAGGGCAUGGGGCCUGACAACGAAGAGGAGGAGGAGGAGGAAGAAGAGGAGGAGCUAGAAAACGAGAGCAGGCCAGAAUCGAAUUUCAGCAUGGACUCAGAGUUCUGUCGAAAUAGGGAAAAUGGCCCCAAACCACCUUCGGAUGAGAAAAAUCUUUCCUUGGGUAAGAUGGUAGAAAAUUCUGGACUCAGCUCCAUUCAGCAGUACAAUAACUUAAUAGUUGACAAUCGGAAAAGACUUCUGUUCUCUAAAAGGGGCUCAGAGGUGCAGAGGGGCGCUGGCGAUGAUGAUUCGGUAGUAGGCGAAAUGGACCAAGUCGUGCGGCCAACUAUGAACGGAAGGAACUGUGGAUCUGGUGACUCUUUCUCAGGCCUGUUUCCCCGCAAGCCCACUCCUAUCACCAGCCCCAGCCUCUCCAACUCUUCUAACAAGAGGAUCAAAAUAGAGAAGGAUUUGGAAAUGCCCCCAGCCCCCCUAAUCCCAUCCGAAAACGUCUAUUCCCAGUGGCUGGUGGGCUACGCAGCAUCCCGCCACUUCAUCAAAGAUCCCUUUCUCGGCUUCACCGAUUCCAGACAAUCUCCGUUUGGCACCUCCUCGGAGCACUCUUCCGAGAAUGGCAGCCUGCGAUUCUCCACGCCGCCAGGGGACCUGCUGGACGGGGGACACUCCGGCCGCAGCGGUACCGCUAGUGGAGGCAGCACUCCACAUUUGGGUGGACACGGCCGGCCCAGCUCCAAAGAGAGCCGGAGGAGCGACACCUGCGAGUACUGCGGCAAGGUGUUCAAGAACUGUAGCAACCUGACAGUGCACAGACGCAGUCACACAGGCGAGAGGCCCUACAAGUGUGAGCUUUGCAACUACGCCUGUGCCCAGAGCAGCAAGCUCACCCGCCACAUGAAGACGCACGGCCAGCUCGGUAAGGAAGUGUACCGCUGUGACAUUUGCCAAAUGCCCUUCAGCGUCUACAGCACGCUCGAGAAACACAUGAAAAAGUGGCAUGGGGAACAUUUGAUGACGAAUGAGGUCAAAAUUGAACAAGCAGAGAGAAGCUAAGCCAGAUUUCCUAUUUUGCCUCACAAUUCCUCGGUUAUAAAAGGGGUAGCUGGAUACUCUGUUUUUAUUUUCGUUUGAUUGUUUUGUUUGGUUGCUUGUUUGUUUUCAAGUUAAUGGUUUGAGUUAGAUUUGUCCUAAGAAACUGCCAUCUGAGAAUGAUAAAGACAUUAAAGAAGAGGAAAAAUGCUAAAAAAAAAAGGGGAGAUUUAAUUCGGUGCUGGUCUAAAUCGCCUAUUUUGGCUUUUUAUAUCUAGCAAUCCACGAGUGGAUACAUUAGACAAUAUUUUACAUGGAGCCUUUAACUGUGCAAUAAUUUCUGUAUUUAUUGGAUUUUUUAAGUGUUUUGGCAUGUGCAGGUUCAUUUUUAUUUCACCAUUUUUUUAUUCCAUUUUCUUACGUUUCGUUUUAAAUGCUGAGAUCUUGUUUUUUAACCCAAAAAACAUCCUGAGAUUUUUUUUAUUAAACAGAGUAUCGUUCGAGAAAUCCAUAGGCCGCUGCUUACCUACAAUGUAGAUUAUUUAAACUACACGUGUAAUUUCUUGAAGAGAAGCCGCAUUUGAUUUUUUAGUUUCAAAGUUGAACUGAGAAAGCUAUUUCUUCUUUUUUUGUUGUUUAUUAUUCAUACUUAUACAAUGAGCGGACAACAAUCCUUAGGCCAUGUAGCACGAACUGAUUUUAGACAUGUCAAUCUAAUUGGGUAUGUAGCACUGAAUGUCAGUUCUAACAGUUAAUCUAAAGAGGACUGUGGGGCUGAAAAACUUUGUCAACUCUUCAGGUCCGAAAUCAGGGAGAGGAGACGUAAAACAGACAAUAGCCAAGGCAGCUGCUUUUCGGUACCUAGUACUGACUCAGACAACGCUAUCUUCUAGAUCGUGUUAUAUAGGUCUUACUCCAGUUGCCCGUAGUGAAGUUUAAUCCCCAGCACCCUUUUCAUAGACAUUGCACUUAAUCAAAGCAGUUUGAUUUUGCUGAACAGCACAAUAGUGGGUAGAAGGAAGAUGGCUUCAUGGCUCUCUUUGUGAGCUUUAAAACAACUCAGGGUGAGCUGCAUAGCUACUUCUGCCAAGUGUGCUAUCUGAUCUCAGCCGUCUUCUCUGAUAAAGUAGUCCAGUCCUCUGUUUCAGCUCAUUCACAGGCCUCCCCUUGUCUGCACACUUCAUAUUGCACUGCCGGCCUCCUAAAUGUCAUGAAUCACCUCAAUCGUUCACAUAAAGUGGCUCGUCAUACUACAUCGGUGUUAAAGGGGCAGUUCAUCAAAAACGAAAAUUCUGUAGAAAAAAGAAACAUAUCUAUCAGAAUUUCCAGGCUAUACAAUGAAAGUGAAUGGUGAUUGCCUGUGGUCCCUAUCCACUAUCAUUAAAAAAAAAACGUGAUUACAGAAUUUUUCAUGUUGUUUUUUUAACCGAUUUUUUAACGUACGUCGCCCUGCCCCAAAAAACUGAAAUAUACGGUAUUUUACAGAUUACUCACAUGUUUUUUAAUACAGUGGAAAACCGUUAGAGAAAUAUUACAGAAAAACAUGUUAUGUUACAGGAAAAAAAAUAUUCUCUGUAUAUAUCUGGCGCCCCAGCUACCAGAAAAUUACAGUUGUUUUAUGGGACUUUUUACAGUAUAUGAAAAAUGGCAACAAGAACAAGCUGCUUCACUAGGAGAGUGAAUUACACAAACACCACACACGAGUUAAAAGGAGAGAGAGAGAGAGUAAGAGAGAGAGAGAGAGAGAAAAGGGUCUGUACAGUCCAAUUCGGGUUAGUAAAGCUAAGAGCACAUUAGUCAGAAGCAAGGCAGAACCACCAUUCUGUUAUCCAUUGACAUUUAUAUCUGAACGUUUUUCUUUUGCAUUUAGUUGUGUUGUUUCAUUUAUGGGGUUUCUAGAGGGAGUUACCACUUUAACCAGAUUAGAUAGUAAGAAUAUACCGAAGUAUAAUGCUGUCAUUCUAUUACAAUGUUUCUUAAAUCACUUGAAACAGCCCUAUGCAUUUUUGUACAUAUAUAUAUUUAUCAGUCAUUUUGAGAAGCAAAUUUAUACUGCAUACUAAAUCUGAUUCUAGACGUAAAACGUGUAUGAUAUUGACUUAUCUGGUUAAUCUGGUCAUGUCCCGUGUAUUAGAGCCAUCAGCAGGUAUGCAGCUUAGUCAAUUGCACAGUAAGAGUGUUUGUCAUGACCUGUUGAGCGUGUGCUAAAACAGUAAGACAUUUUUUUCUUUCUUUCCUCUCAUUUAGGACUUCCUGUGAUGUGUAGUUGAGCGCAUUCUCUGAAGUAGCAACACGCUUACAGAAUGCACAGCUGAUUUUUCUCUAUUUUUUCUCUUCUACCCUUAUCUUUUUUUUUAAAGGGCUGUCUCUGUCACAGACCUGUUUUGUUGCCCGUUAAACACCCUUUUCGACAAGAUGCCCUAACACCACAAAUGAUUGAACCGAGGGAAUAUUGUGGUUUCAAAAAAGACAAUAAGAAACAUGAGAGUGAAAGAAAGAAAACAUACACAGCUCUUUGCAGUUGACCCGCACUUUAUUAUUUUGAUUUACAUAUUUGAAAACAACAGAGAAACGGCUUCUGAACAAGAAAUUAUGUUGAAAAAUUGAUUUAUUGGGCCUUGCUAGAGGGAGCAUUUGAGAUUGAAGUGCCAGCGUUGAUAGGCUUGGCUUUCACAAUGCUGGCACUAUAAAAAUGAAAUUAAUUUAUUUGGACAGUUUUUGUACUGCCAUUCAAUUUGACAUGAGUGUGCCUUGAAUACUGAUCUUCCUAUUUAUUGUCUUAUAAGACAAAUGCAACACUUUUGUGAAGCGAAGAAUUGAAAAAAUUAAGUCCUUAUGGUUCUAAUUUGCUUCUAAAACAAUAAUGUUAAAACAGAUAUCACAUCAUUUAAAGUUAAACUGAAAUGAAAAGUAGCCAGCACAAUACUAAUGUGUGUCUAUGUGUGUAUCUAUGUAUGAAUAUGUACAUAUAACUGCACAAAAACACACACAAUAGACAAAUAUAUAUAUGUACAAUUUUUCACUUCAGGACUAGACUGCGUCCCUUGAAAAUAAUGAAUGAGUUUUUUUGCUACAAAUAGUUGCGAAAGAGACUGGACAAAAAUCAGGAACUACAGAAACUUAAAAGACAAAAAAAAGACGAAAAAAAGUCAAACGUUUAGUGCACUCUGUCUUAAAAUACGUUUACAGUAUUGAAACAAGUACAAGGGUAAAAUGAUAUUUCUGUGUAUGUGUGUUUUAAACAAACAUGAUUUUUCUUUUUUUCCCCCAAGUUUGCUUAUAACGUUUCUCUGAAUGCCAUUGUGGCGUGUGUAUAUUGGUUUUUUGGUGACGGGAUUUUAAGUAUAUAUAUAUAAAUAUAUAUAUAUAUAUAAAUAUAUAUGACAUUUCUCUUGUUUACUGUAAAAGUAUACCAGUAUUUGUAAUAUUGGAGAAUGCCUGGGCAUUUUACAAAAAAAGAAAAGAAAAAAAAGAUAUUUUUUCCAAUUAUAAUUUUUCUGUCCUUUUCUUUUUUUUCCCGAGUUUCAUUUUGCAGUCCAAUUUAAAUUGUGGGUCUCUAAAAUGUUUUGUCACUGUAACUGUAAAAGUCUUGAGUUUUAGUAACUUUUAUCUGCCUUGGGUGUACGAAAAUAAAGAUUCAAUUGAAUAAAAGAAAACAGAAUUUGUAGGCGAAAGGGUCCGUGACAAUGCAGAAAGAUAAUUAUAGGACAAAUACAGAGAUUCCAUGUGUAUCUUUCUGGUACCUUCUUCAGUAAUGGAUUUUUUUUAAUGGCUGGAAUGAAAUACAUGUGUAGGCACUAUGAUGUGUGUGUGUAUAUAUAUUGUAUAUGUACACACAUUUGGCAGGUUACAAUUGUGAAAAUUGAAAUUAAAAAUGUACAGAUGAGUUUAAGAGAUUGUCUGACCUUUUACUGUAGCUACAUAUACAACAGUAAAUGUUUUGUUCACUCUUAUCUUGGUUGUAAAUAAUUUUAUAUGCUUGCCCAGUCUUUGUUUUUUUUUUGUUUUUUUUCUGACAACAGUCUGUCUUUUUUAAACAAAGCCCCGUCAGUCUUCUGAUUUGGGGCGAAAUACCUGAUUUAUGGGGCCUGUAAAGUGCAGGUCUUUUAGCAUGAAAAGAAUAGAGCACAAAUACAAAAUGUUUUACUUGUCCAAGUCAUUACUGGUCAUUUUGUGUCAUUUUCUGAUCAGCAAGUAAAGAAAAGGUCUGGAACGUUCGGACAAUCUUUCUCUCUCUCUUUAAAUCUUCACACACACAAGAAUCACAUACUCAUAACAUGACAAAAAGAAUCAAUACAGUCUUCACUUUAAGGGGACUUGUAAAUGUGUAGGUAACAGGAUAGCCAAGCCAAACCUCACUGUACAUAAACGGUCUCUCAAUUGUGUGCAAUUCACAUCAAAGCGUUUUGCCUCUGACCAAAGGCUACAAUUAGAGUCAUUAAGAGCUACUAAAACUGACCACACUCAUACAGAUGUGAAUCAAUCACACGCACCCACCAUAUAUACUUUCAAAUCCUUCCCAGAAUGCAUCAGGCUCUGGUAUCGGCAUCUAAGAUGUGGCACGUUGUGGAGGUCAGAGAACUCUGUAUGAUCGACCGCACUGUUUGUCCACUCAUUUAUACAGUACAUUCAUCUCAAAGAUUGUGUUCACUUGUUUUGAAAGCCACCCUUCUGUGUAUAUUUUAGUCUUUUCUCCCUCCCAUAUUUCUUCCGAGCAUUAGACGCUGAUGCCCCUUGUUUGGACUGAAGCAACUUUGGUAUGCAGGUCUUGAAUAAAAAAGAAAAAUAAUUUGUAAA